AUGGAACAUUUUUGGCGACCACAGAUGCGCGCCGACUGUAUGUAUGUUAACCCUCUUACUGCCACUUACUACGCUGAUCCAUCCGCACAUAUGGCUUUGGGAGAAGAAGCCCGACCGACUACUAGUAACUGUGUUCCCUCACGUUUCACGAGCAUCCCUGAGACAAUCCCUCCUAUAUGCAGCGCACUCGGUCCGAGAGUUACGUCCGUGCCAGAACGCACCUUGCACAGUUCUCCUCACCCGUUCAGCGAUUCGGGUAUCUCAGUAGCAAGUCGCUCCCCAGAAUUCGUUGAUACAAGCAGUUUCCAACGGCCAUCGUUUGAAAAUAAUAUGGGACAGAUGCCUUAUUAUGCCAAUCCAAACUGCUCUCAGUUUUAUCCGCAGAACCCCAGUUUUAUCCCGUAUGAUCCAAAUGUUGUUAGUUAUUCAGCCGCUUUGCAGAAUGAAGUAUUGGCCCAGAGGCCAAGAAGUCCACCGAAACGACAACCGCCAUACAAGAUCAAAAAGUGCCGCCGUCCUAAAAGGAAAUCUACCCGUUCACCUUGCGAGAAUAUUCAAAGGCAUUUAGCCAAUGACAGGGAACGCACCAGGACCAAGAAACUGAACGACGCCUUCGCAUUGUUGAGGAAGAUGAUCCCGUGCAGGCCUUCUGACAAGCUGAGCAAGAUUCAGACUCUGCGACUAGCUGUCCUGUACAUCGACUUCCUACUCAUGUGCCUCCAGCAGGACAAUUACCUAGAUCCCAGGAGUUUCACCAUCUCUUCGGUCCGCGACAAGCUUAGCAAGGACUUUUCCUAUUGGAGACUCAAGAGAGAAGGUGAUUGUACAACUGAAUUCAAGUCAUCCUUCAACGAAUACCAUCGAACACUGCAUGUUAUUUAAAAUGUUGUAAUGUAUUUUUUUUCAGUAGACAUUUUCAUCAUUGUUUCAUCAUUUCAUAAUUAUUUAACCAAAAUAAAAAUUGUUCCUUCAAAUGCUUAAAAAAAUGUUUUUAAAAAAUUCAGUAUAAUUGCUUUAAGUUAGAAUGAAAGUAAUUUUGUUGAAUUUAAAUUUUUGAAUUUACAAAUGCUGUGAAUUUUUUUUGUAUUCUAAUCAAAACACCAAAAAUAGAAUUUAUUCUGGUU